AUGGGAUUAAUGAAGUCGCCAACGAACGUAGGGUAUCUCAGUGCGCUCUACAUGCAUGUCAACUUUGUUGCUAAUCAUUAUAUUGACCCCAUUCGAAGCUUUGCAUCUCCUAACUGGCAGUGUUGUUUCCGCGUGAUUUGCUUUGGUAUUUCGCUUAAGAAUGCACCUGUGUUCAAGCCUGCUACCGGCGGGCAGGAACUUAAGCAAGCUGCUUGCGAACCCAAACUUCACCAAGUUAUCUCUGGUAGAUUCUCGGUUUUCGUUCAGAUGGCCGCUGAACUGAUGAACCGUUCCCGUAGCUUGGCCGAAGGAGCUGUGGUCAUGGUAUGCCCUGUGCUUCUAGCAUUGUCUCUUGACAAGGUCGACCUCAAAGUGUAUGGGCGCCCUGCUUUCUUCGCCAUGCUUGCCAUGGCAGGUAUCACUUUAAUAACCGCUAUCUGCCCCUUGCUCGUGUGUUGCUUCACCAAGAGGUUCCCAAACAUGGGUAACAUCGAGCCUGCCCCGGUGACGGCGAGCCUGGCAACCCUCUCAUCUUCUUGCCUCCUCAUCCUCGCCUGCUUCAUGGCGCAGCUCGUUGUCUCCAAACAAGUUUUAAUCGCCGUGGGCGUCCUAUGUGGAGCCUUCAUCCUAGUUCGAGCGGUCUCGUACUGCCUCGGCGGAAAUGGUGACCCGUAUUCACCGGAUCUGCACAAGGUACUGGAUGAAUCACAUGAGUUCUUGACGGGCGUCACUGGAAUCCUCUUUCUGGGGCUUGAAGGUUUGGCACUAGAAGGUCAUGAGAAUCAGAUGGUUCAGAAGGUCGGGCUUGUGGGCACCAUCAGCUUCAUAGUUUGCGCUCUUGGUGUGUGCAUGAUGUACCUCGAGAUGAUCCCCCCUUUAUACUUCAAGAAAAGGGGAGAGGGAGAGAUUGUGUGUUUAACUCUGAUGCUCGACAGCAUCAUGGCUGGUGGUACCUUCACGGUGUUGAUGGUUGUCAUGCUUAAGCUCAUGGGUCCUCCAGCCCUGAUGCUCUUCGCACCUCCAGCAUUGAUAAUCGUCGAACUUGCGUAUCAAAUGGCCGUCGAUCGGAGAUCCCUUCUCGCCGACCAAGCACCCGGCGCUGUCCAAGCGUCCACAACGGCUUCGUUGGAACUGACAAGAGUCACCUUCACUGGAUUCUUGGCUGUGUCGAUAACAGCCAUCCGCAACACUUCGCCCAGCAUGUUGACCAGUUGUUUCCUACUAUUUGCGGCAUCGGCUAUUGUGUUUGGUCUCUCAUGGAGGCUCCUGUCACAGACCCAGAUAAGGAACCGUCUGGCCCAUCGUGCUUUAUCGGAUCUUGUUGCUUCCUCUGCUGACCUGGCUUCCUUGUGCACACAUUUCUGCAUUGUAAUCACUACGAUUCUAUUCCUAGCAAUGGCCGGGACAGCCAGAGGAAAAUGA